AUGACAUCCAUCACUCUCGACGAGUCGCUCGCGAUGGAGGCGAACUGCGACCGAGACGAAGUUGUCGACUUGCGCUCACUGGAGUUGGUCUCCAGCUACGAUGACCACCUCAUGUGCCCGAUAUGUCACUGCCCUUUCGUUCGCCCCGUGCGCCUUCAGUGCGAUCAUGUCUUCUGUCAGAAGUGUCUAAAUACUGCCAUCACUGCGUUCUCCCCCAGUCCGUUUUCCCCCGGUCGAGACGAUUUCACCUGUCCUACUUGCCGGACCCCAACGAAGGGUGUCUACCUCAACGUGCCUCGUCUGCUACUCAAUAUGUGUGAUGAUAUCAAAGUGCGAUGUCCUUUUCAGGAUGAAGGCUGCGAGGAGAUUAUACCCAGAGGACACAUUCAGUCUCAUGUCGACAAGUAUUGUGGCUACAGGCUCAUGAAGUGCCCGGAUAGCUCUUGCAACAAGAAGACCCGGAAGAAGGACCUCAGUUCUGAGGGUCGGUGCUUGCAUGAGCUUCAACGCUGUCUGCGAUGCGACGAGUACGUCGCGGAACAAGACUACGAGAUAAACGUUCUACGCAAAUCACUACGAGAACACAUCGACUCCUGUCCCGAGGUUGUCCAUCCUUGCGCGGCAUCGAAAUACGGCUGCCCCGUCAAGGUGAAGCGUGCGGACUUGACGACACACGAACAGACCUGUCCACUGAUAGCCAUGGGCCCGUAUUUUGAAGCCCAGAAUGCACGACUCGAUUCGCUUGAACUCACUAUCCGCCACCUUCAACAGCGGAACGAGAUCUUCGAGGACGGAAUUUCCAACAUCCGAUCGACAUUAGCCCAGUCGACUCGUACUCUAGCCGAGCAAGACUCUCCGACAAAUUCCGACGCCCCUCGUCGACGAGAUUCGACAAGCGACCAAUCUCAAAUCGACAGCUCCAACCUCUAUACCGCCACUACAACGAACUACCUGCUCUCUCUCCAUGAAUCUCUCCGCGAGGAGGUCGGACAGCUCUCCAACGCCAUCACGGAUCUAGACGCCCGCGCCAGCAUGGCUCUCAUGAACGAAUGUCUUCGCUUAAAGGAAGACAUGGCGCACACCAACGCAGCCGUGGGCAGCAUUCGCAUGCAGGUGCAAUGGCUCCUGAACCCCCGUCUGCAUCAGGGCCAGCGAGCAGGUGCACGUCCAACUAACUCCAAUGGCGGUAGCAACCCUGCCUCUGCAUCAGGGCCAAGUAGCGCCGCUGGCCCGUCUACUGCUUUUCUUCGACCGCGGAGACUCAGCGAUAGCGGACGAGAGGGGACUAAACUAUGA